UCGGUUUCUAUUUCACACUAUCAGUUUGCCUGUAGGUUUUGCCGAUAGUGGCUCAUAUUUGUCGGUUUUAUCAUGUCAAAGACGCAAAGGAAAAUUGACAGCUUUAAACAUUCGGCAAAGAGACGUUUAUGUGAUAUGAUAGAGAUUAGUGAAGCAGACGAGACGACCAAGACCGAUGACAACGGGUGUGAAGGUGAAGGACUAAAACCGACACCUGAGAAGGACAAAACAGAGACGAACGGAGAAGGUGGUGUGGUGGUUGGAGGGACCACGGAAUUGGAGUCGAAAUCAAGCACCAAAAAUACUAAUUGCAUUGAUCAAGGUUCCAAGGUCGAAGACAACGAGAUCAACAAACUGAUGGAGGAAAGGGAUACUGUAAUGGAGCAGCUGAAGGAGUUUGUCGGGAUGACGAAAAAUACUGGUCAUGCUGGAGACGAGUGGGAAAGCGUGAUGGACAGCUACGAGAAAAUGAUAACAGAUACAAAUAUACGUGAAGGAUGCCUCGAUGAGGAUGGGUGUGCUCAUCAUUGCGUCCCUUGUGAUAAGCAUUUGAGUGGAAUUGAGCCUCUACGCGCUCAUCUCAAAUCCAACAACCACCACAAGAAAAUCGGUCUGAAGAAGUCAGGAGAUAUCACGAAUGCUCAACCAUUUAGGUCUGAUGGUGCUUUUCGAGAUGGCAGACUUCGACCAUGCGGUGAACAUGCUUGUACACACCAUUGCCAAGUUUGUAAUAAAUGUAUGACGGGGGCAACACCAGCCACACAGCACUUGGAUAGCGACAAACACAAGAAGAAGGAAAGGGAUAUGACCAACUCCUAUGCAAGGAACGUGGAACGUCCUCCUAGUGCCUCCGGACAAUACCGAAUAGCCACUCCUGGUUCGAGCAGGGCAAGCAGUACAUCGGAUUGUUUGAAACCAGGUUGCAACAGUCAUUGUACACCUUGUGAGAUGUGCUUUGCCACGUCAGAUGAAUUUGGAAACCAUGGAAAAACACCAGAGCACCAGAGCAAGUUUAUGAGCGGCAUAGUUGCAUUGGGUGCAAUGCGAACGGCCAGUGAAUGCGGGAACGACAUUAACAGCAUGUUGAAUGGAAGUGGCAGUAGCCGUAGUUUAGAGAGCUUCAGCAGUCUUGGAACCAGCCUGGCUUGGGAUGGAUACGACCCUUCAUUUCAACCUAAUUUCAUCCAGGUGGACACAUGCACAGCUAUUGGUUGCAGCUAUCACUGUACAUGUUGCGACACCCAUCUUAGCGGAGAAGAGCCAAUGAAGCAGCACAUCAGCUCCAUCAAGCACCUGAACAUGGAACAAGUCUACACCAAGGGAAUGGCAGGUCAAAACGGCCCGACCCUUGCGGAGUCGAGUCGUAGUCUAUCCAAUGGCGAUUCCUUAUACAGUCUUGGUUCAAUGUUGGAUAACUUGAGUCUAACUUCAAUUGCAGGAAAUGAUCCGGAAGAGGUCAUUGGUUCGUGCGGAAAGACAGGUUGUGCUUUCCACUGUAACCUCUGCAGUACCUGUUUGAGUGGGUGCGUCCCGAGGGACCAACAUGUUGCAUCGAAAAAUCACCGUCAAGUCCGGGAGAGGCUGGAAAGAGCUUCCCAAUCCUUGGCAAAACCAGAGUGUGCAGUGAGGGAACUCAGUAUGGCUCCAUCACUUUCACCAGAUACGGGGGUUGAAUUAGCAACAUGUAGUCAACCUGGCUGUGCUUUUCACUGUCACGUAUGCGAUGCACAUCUGACUGGUCGUGAGCCCAUGCAACAACACAUGGCAUCAAAGAACCACGAGAAGCGCAAGAAAGCUACUGCUAACCUGAGGAUGCAGCCCGCUUCAUCUGCUUCUCGGCCAGUUGAUGAUGAACCAGAAGUGUCGGAAGCAACCUGUACCCAUAUUGGAUGUCGUUUCCAUUGCAACAUAUGCGACAUGCACCUUUCGGGUUUGGAUCCAAUGAAACAACACAUGGACUCUGGAAAACACCACAAAAAGAAACAGGCAUUCCUGAAGUUAGGAGGUCAAAGCCAACCAUUUUUGGCCGCCUCUAACCAGUUACUGAAUCCUAGCACAAGCAGUACACAAGAGAUCUCGGAACCAAACCCAUUUGCCUUGAUGCAGCCACAGCAGAGACCGCUGCCGAAGCCUAUUGGCUAUGAGAGAUCAAUACAAAGCCUUUCACCUCCUUUGUUCCCAAGUUCAAGUGACAUACGACAGCAAUUGACAACACCACGACAGCAAUUGGCAACAGCACCACAGGCUUUUCUUCACAGUGGUGUCUUCAGAACACUUAGUCCAAGGGCUCCAGGAUAUGCUAACAACGUCAACAAUUUGGUAGAACCCGUUAGCAAUGCUAGCCAACAAGACUUGAGCAAGUCUGUAUUUGGUAUCUGUCCCGACAGUUCAAGGAUAUGCAUGUAUCACUGCUUUGCCUGCGAGAAACACUUCAAUGAAAAACUACCAAAACAACAGCACGAAACAUCUGCAAAACAUAAGAAAGCUGCACAGAGAUAUCUUGCCGGUUUGAAAACGCGGGUCGUUCAAAAGGAAGACUCCUUCAUCGUUCCGAGUGCUGGCAGUACAGAUUUGCCCCUAAAGACCCAGUUAAAGACGUCGAAAUCGUCCAGCUCUCUGACAGGUCUACCGAAGUGGCUAGGGGAAGAUCGGCAGUUUCCACCGGUCGUGAAAACGCCUCAAGCAAAGUACUCGCCACAGACGAAGACUGUGCCGCGGGACUACCAGAUGGAGCUUUACCAUAAGGCAAUGAAGGAUGAUACUGUCUGUUUCCUUCCGACAGGCACUGGUAAGACAUUGGUGUCUGCACUAGUCAUUGACCACAUGCUCCAGUUGAACCCAACAAGACCUAUUCUGUUCCUUGUCGAGAAGAUCCUGCUUGUCCUUCAACAGACCAAAUACCUCAGGACAGAGCUUGGGCAAAGACGAUAUCAAAGAUUCAACCCCAGGACCAAUACAAUGGAAAUGCAUGCCCUUAACGUUGCUGGUUUGUGUAGUGGACACACAGAUGCAUGUGGCAAGUCCUCUUUGCAGGAGCUGGAUGUCAUAGUUACAACAGCAGGAUUCUUCCUGAAUAUCCUCUCGAAAAAGUGGCUCAAGUGGCAGGACUUUAGUCUCGUAGUGAUUGACGAAGUUCAUCAUUGCACAAAGAAGCAUGCCUAUAACACCCUGAUGCAGGAGAACCACCUCCAGCUACUCCGGGAGAUCAGACCCAAACUUUUCGGUAUGACAGCAUCACCUGCUGGGGAAGCGAACGUCCCACUUACCCAGGAGAUGCUUCAGAGGUUGCUUGAUAACAUCGGGAUGGCAAAGCUAUGCGUUGUGGAAGAUCAUGACAAACAACUCGGGGAGUUCCAGAGUAGGACGGUAUUGGAGAUCGAUUUGGCUAAGAUGAGUGAGGAGGAAACACAACUCGAGGAUGAUAUACAGAUGUAUUUGAGGCACAUCUUCAACUUCUUGGUCAAGACGACGAACCUUGGGAACCUUUGUAAGGAAUUGGGACUGAACAUCCAAGAAGGCCAAAGGGCUAUUCUGAAUGCUACGGAGUUGACAGGCGAGGGAUUGGAGGCGUUUAGGUCCAGUUUGGGAAUGAUAGAUGUCAAAGACAGAUGCGCGAAAAUGGGACGUUUCAUCAAGAAAAUCAUUGCGCACGCUGACGCCGUUUGUGGAGCACUGCUUGGUCUGCGCCUCUGUGGAGAGGAGGCUGUCUAUCACUCAUUGAAACCCUUAGCCGAAGACGUGAAUUAUUACGGAUUUGAAGAAAUGGCGAAAGUCGGUUUCAAUUGUAAGGGGUUGCAGUCACGUGCGGAUUCUUAUGAAUCAAACAUUGAUGAGAGGCGAAAAAAGAUGACAGCCUUCUGGCGCCUCGUGCACAGAAUCGUCACGAGUGUGGAGUGGAAUGCAUUCGGCCCUAUGGAGAAGAGACCAAUUGUCAUGGUAAUAGUCCGCGAGCGAAAGGUCGCCAAGUUGCUUGCCACAUUGCUGCAGUCUAACAGUGAUGUCCAGGCACGAGGGCUGAAUGUCGAGUACAUUGUGGGCCAUGGGGACGGUAAUGUUGGCAUGAGUGUUAGCAGACAGCGGAGGAUGCUGGAGGAGACUUGGCAACAUAAGUAUCAGGUACUGGUUGCAACAUCUGUCGCAGAAGAAGGGCUUGACUUACCAGAAUGUAAACUGGUCAUAGAAAUGGACCCACCGGGCAAUGUGACGUCACUUGUUCAGAUCCGUGGCAGAGCCAGGAAGCAGUGCAGCAAGCUGGUGGCGCUGUGUAGAAGUGAAGACCAGGUGGACAAGAUCAAAGAACUCGAGGACAGGGAACAAUGUAUGAUGAUUGCAGCUAGGGCUGUUGUGGGCCUGCAGAACACUGCUGCGAAAAGGUUGCUGCUAUCUGGAUCAAUGUAGAUUGGAUGUCUUCAGGUGUGGCGCUCUUGAGACUACACAUUCUGUCCUCAUGUUUGGUUUUUUUGGUUUGCUUGAUUUGCGCAACAUCCAUCGACGCUGCUUCUUUGGAAACUGUAUCUGCAGCAAAUUUAGUCAUUCUAGGCCCCGGGGCCUAGGGAAUGUAGUGAUGCUUCUGAGCGUGUAGUUUUUGGGUGCAAUGCAGAUUAAGUAACCUAGUUUUGCAUGAAUGUUGCGCGGGACAAGCAAGGUUAUGUUUCUAUUACAUGGACAAUACUGUCGGCGUUUGCUCGAUAUAUCAUAUUUAUCAUAUAGGGGGUUGUACUAGAUUUGUCAUUGUCGUUGUUGAAGUGGAGAAUUGUGAUGCCUAACUGUGAUGCUUGAAUUUAAAUCGUGUUGGCGAUCGACGUGAUUUCCGCAACUGAACAACUGCGGACCAUGAGCUGGGACACUGGUUGAGACAGACGGCUUACCGAUACGAAAUUCUUCGACAUUGCCACUGGAGGAAUCACUGUGGUGUUUAGAUUGUCUUAAUUUAUUGUUAGUUUCUCAUACAUGUAAAAAUAGCAUUCAUGAUAAAACGUACCCACGACUGUAUUUGUAAUAACUUGCUGCUAAAAAUCUACUCGCUAGCAAUUUGCGUGCACUACGGUAUAUCGAUACUGCUAGUAUAUUCUGUAUAAGAGCUCCCUGGAAACGGGAAUAUCAGAGCACAUUACACAGUUCUGUGCAUCUGGUGUUCCCGAGUUCCGAGUCCUAUCGUUCUUCCGAAAAGCUCUCUCCCGGCAUAUACCUGCUGGAGUCGGGUCUGGUGUCGGGUUCGCAUUCGGAUGUAGAAAUAUUCGGCCUGCUUUGGCCUUGGAGGCACCAAGGUUUUUGAGUUUGUGAAAUUUCUUUAAAAAAAGAGAAAAAAGCACUGGCGGUUGCGUUGCGUGUUAAAAGGUUCUGCAAAACAAAGUGCUUUCCACGACGGCGCUAGCCCGAACGUGACGUAUAGAUACUUCAAAGACGGACACUUUCUUUCUGAAUAACCCGAAACAUAUAUACAUGUACGACCUGAAUUUGACAGUUUACGGGCGAAGUCGUUUCAAGGGCAAGGUUGUUCACAACAAGUUAAGUCAUUUAGCAAGGCGUUAUGUCUGGUCCAGCAGCGACAGUUAGUAGGCUAAAUGGCUUGUUUUGAACAACCUGACGGGAGGGACCCUGAGGGGUACAAUUCAAUACCAACAUUUAGUCAAUA